UUUUUACUUAACAGUAUCCCUUUCGAUCCCGACACUUAUAUAUCUCACCCUCGGGAAGCUGCCUGAAACGUAGUGUUUUUGACAGUUUUCGUAGGAAAAUGUUACGAGCUUUUUGCAUCGCCAACAAACGGGGUGAAAUAUUAUUCAUCACGAUAUUUGAACCGCUGGUGACUAAAGCCAUCUUUGACCCUUUCUUGUCAGAACUGUCAUCAUCACCACAUGGAGAUCCACCACCAUUUUUUACUAAAGAAGAUCACAAAUACGUCUAUGUAUUUCGGGAUGACUUGUACUGGGCGUGUGUUGUCAGUCAAAAUUCCCUGACAGAUGAGUGUGGUCCACUGUUGAUGACAGAAAGUUUAAGUCAGCUUCACCAGGUUUGCUCGACUCUCUGCGGGGCAUUAACUCAACAUAGCAUCACAGCUAAUGCCACUUUGAUCAUGGAAAUAGUACAGGAAACUAUGAAUGGGGGCUUUGUUCAGAUGCAGACUGCUGACAAACUUCAAUCCUGCAUCUACAGUACAGUUGUGGCUCCAAAGGAAACAUCUGCCCUUACUUCAGUGCCAGGAUUGUGAUUCUGAACUACGUCUCAAGUUGACUAGCAAUACUGGAAUGGGCACAGUAUCACCACAGGUUACCUUCAAAACUGUUGCUCCUGUGUCUACAGCAGCUGUUAUGUCUCAGACGUCAGGCCCAAGAGAUCAAGUCAUACGAUUUUCACCCGAAGAUAAAACUUUGACGUGGACUAUCUCUCAGUUUCCUGGUGGCAGUUAUGCUCAGGCAUUUAUACGGCUUGUAGACUCUGGAGGAGAUGUCAGCAUAGAAGCUGGAGAGCUGGAAUUUGAAGUCUCAAGAUGGGUCUGUUCUGGAGUGAGAAUUGAACGCGUGAAGCUGAACCCACCUGUCGAUAACCUAAAUAAGUGGGUGCGAUAUCUUACGACGUCAGACAGCGUCAGCAUUCGAUUGAGCUGAAACAGCAGCUUUUAAGGUAUAUCCUCCCCAAAAAAUGGUGCUUUAUUAUUUAUUGCUUCAGUGUUAUUGAUAUUUUUUAUAAUAAAAGAAUAAUUGCA